AGAGAGAGGGAGCGGGAGAGCAGCGCAGAGAGGCGCCUCCGUCCCCUCUCUCCGCGCAGGCACACGCGCACCCCGGGGCACUCGCAAUCGCACCGCGGACGCGGGCGCAGGUCCCGGCCCGGCUCCCGCCACACACACACACACACAGAGACACAGGCACACAAAGGCAUAUCGAGGCGGCGGUUCGGCAUCCUUCGCCCGUCCGCUCGCCCGCUCCUUCCCUCCCUCCGCCCGGGGACGGGCUCCUGGCUCUUCGGGCUUUUUCUAUCCUUUUCCAUGCCUCGGGAUAACGCACCCUCCGGACCUGCAGCUGCCGGGAGCCUUCGGGGUUUUGAGUCUCUGGUCCUGCCGCUGGACAGCGCCUACAUGCGCCUUUAAGGAAGGGGGCACCUACAAACUAGAUGUAAAGACGGAACCUCUACAGCAACCGACCCUUACGGCUCUGCGCUCCUGGCUCGGCCGGCUGCAGUCCGGAGGGGUGUUGCAUGGUUAAAAGCGCAGCGAGUGUCUCUAGAACCCGGGUCGGAAGAGCGCCCUCCGCCGAGGCCAGGCCCCGCACCCGCCGCCGCUGAGAGGUCCCAGCCGGCACCCACCACCCCCCCGCCGCCGCCCCCCGCAGCCUCCGCCCGCACCUCCAGCCCCACCAUUCAGCGCGCAAGAUACCCGCCAGAUAUGCCCUGUGUGCAAGCGCAGUAUAGUCCUUCACCACCAGGUUCAAAUUAUGCAGCUCAGACCUAUGCGUAUGGCUCGGAGUACAGCUCGGAGAUCAUGAACCCUGACUAUGCCAAGCUGACCAUGGACCUGAGCAGUACCGAGAUCACUGCCACUGCCACCACUUCCCUUCCCAGCUUCAGCACCUUUAUGGAGGGUUACUCUGGCAGCUAUGAGCUCAAGCCUUCCUGCCUCUACCAAAUGCAAUCUGCCUCCUCUGGCCAGAGGCCCCACAUAAAGAUGGAAGACACCAGGCUCUCCCCAUACCAGCCCCCACUGCCACCUUCCACAGAUGAGGGGAUGCCCAGCACUUCCAUGUACUUCAAGCAAUCGCCACCCUCCACACCCACCACACCCGGCUUCCCCGCUCACCAGAGCCUGUGGGAUGAACCCCCGUUGCAGCCCACACAGACCUGCCUGCCACCUGGGCACCUGAUGGAUGCUGCCCCCAUGAAGACCGUGCCUCCACGCUUCCCCCUCUUCCACUUCAAGCACUCUCCCCCCCACACGCCGGCUGCAGCUGCCCACAUGUGCUAUGACCCUGCCUCCUUGAGCCUGCCCCUGGGCUCUGACAGGCCGGCCGCCAGCCAGACACCCAUGGAGAGCCAUUCUUAUGGGCUUCACCUGGCCAAAAGACCAGCCACCUUAGCCUUCCCACCGCUCGGCCUCAACGCAGCCGCCUCCGGCCUGAUGGGUGAGAGCAGCAGUGGCAGCAGCGGCCUCCCAUCCCCACCCAGCAGGAGCUCCUCGUCCGGGGAAGGCACCUGCGCCGUCUGUGGAGAUAAUGCCGCCUGCCAGCACUACGGGGUACGGACGUGCGAGGGCUGCAAGGGCUUUUUCAAGAGAACAGUUCAGAAAAAUGCAAAAUAUGUUUGCCUGGCAAAUAAAAACUGUCCAGUGGACAAGAGACGUCGUAACAGAUGCCAAUACUGUCGGUUUCAGAAGUGUCUCAGCGUCGGCAUGGUUAAAGAAGUUGUCCGUACAGACAGCCUGAAAGGGAGAAGAGGUCGACUGCCUUCCAAACCAAAGAGCCCCUUACAGCAAGAGCCCUCUCAGCCCUCCCCACCUUCUCCUCCCCUCAGCAUGAUGAACGCCCUCGUACGAGCUUUAACCGACUCCACACCCAGGGAGCUUGACUAUUCAAGAUACUGUUCCACUGAUCAGGCUGCUGCAGGCACAGAUGCAGAACAUGUACAACAGUUCUAUAAUCUUCUAACUGCCUCCAUUGACAUAACUAGAGGCUGGGCAGAAAAAAUCCCAGGAUUUACUGACCUCCCAAAAGAAGAUCAGACAUUACUCAUAGAAUCAGCUUUUUUGGAGCUGUUUGUACUAAGACUCUCCAUCAGGUCUGAUACUGCUGAGGAUAAGUUUGUAUUCUGCAAUGGACUUGUGCUUCAUAGACUUCAGUGCCUUCGAGGAUUUGGGGAGUGGCUCGACUCUAUUAAAGACUUUUCCUUAAACUUAAAGAGCCUUAACCUUGAUAUCCCAGCCUUAGCAAGUUUAUCAGCUCUAACUAUGGUUACAGAACGACAUGGAUUAAAAGAACCAAAGAAAGUGGAAGAGCUAUGCAACAAGAUCACAAGCAGUUUGAAAGAUCACUUAACUUUCAGUUGCCAAAACAAAGGACAACCACUUGAGUCUGCAGAGCCGAAGGUACUGGGUGUUCUGGCUGACUUGCGUUCUCUCUGCACACUGGGACUGCAGCGCAUCUUUUACCUGAAACUGGAAGAUUUGGUGCCAGCCCCUUCCAUUAUUGACAGGCUGUUUCUGGACACCUUACCCUUCUGAGUCGAACCACCCUCCUGAAAGGCAAAUGCCCACCAGAGCAGGCAAACGGAUCGUGACUUACAGCUUACAUUUCUGUCCUCACGUAACAGAAAAGCAGCUCCAGGUCUAAAAAGAGGUCUUUUUCUGGCGCUUUGUCCUUACAACCUGAGGCCUGAAACUUAACUGGCUUACUGGUUUGGGGUUGUGUUCUUCGUUUUCUUUUCUUGUGUGAUUUGGGUUUUUUAAAUGGCUAAUAUGGCACUUUUGGACAAUGCUAUCCCAGCAGCAGUUAAAGGUUAACAUGACUGUUUUAAAUCUGUUGUUUAACACCUCAUGGUGUAUGAGGAAUAAAAUUGUAGAAGCUGUGUUGAAAAACAAGAACAGCAAAUAGUUGUUUGCCAGGGUAGUAUGUGUUUUGUGAGGAUACCUUUAGCAUACUUCCUGCAUCAAGGGCACAUACAUCAGCACAAUCGAAACAAAAAUUUCACUUUUUUAGAAAGUACAUUCAAUUGAACAUUUCAUACAAAUCAAAUAUAGCAAAAUGACAAUGGCUGUUAGCUCCCAUGUUCAAGUGCAAUUUUUUAAAGUGCUGUCUUACUAAGUCUCGUUUAUUAACUAAUUUAUUUUACUAUGGAAACAAGUGGAAGAAAUCAAGUGAGAAAAUUACAUGCACUAACUUACCUGACCGAGUUUUCCAAACUUGAUUCCAUGUAGCGUGACUUAUUGACAAAUGUAUGUGGAAGACACAGGAGCAACUGUGGCUCAGUUGUUCCUUAGCUAAGGAAAUCUGACUAAGUAGUGAUUGGAGCACACAGGGUCAGCAUCAGGGAUAGUUCAGGUUUAGACUUUUAACAUAAGCGACUAGUUAGUAAACAGACAGAUGGUUUUCAAGAACAAGCAAGUCUUGUAAAAUAGUAUGAAUGUAAGUGCUAGGAAGGAUAUAGUGGGCUGCGUUUAAACAUUCCGUGUUCGUACUCCUUUUUGUAUGUUUAUACUGUUGAUGCCAUAUUAAUAUGAAAUAAUUUGUUGCAUAGUGUCUUUAUUUGUAUAAAUGUUUGUAUGCAUGGUAUAUUGUAAUGGCUUUGCCUGUAUUUAUUGCAAUGACUGCCAGCUCAUGGGAGCCCUGUGACACAUGAUAACGAAAUGGGGUGUUCACACUGACUCAGAUACACCAGUUGGAAAACUAUAUACAUAUAUAUAAUGUGUAUAUAUAUAUGUAUAUACCUAUAUUUGUGUGCGUGUGUGUGCGCGUGUCUUUUUAUUAACCAUUUGUAUAUAAAAUAUCUGUCAAAUCACAAGCAGAGUUAUUUUACAGUUUAUUUGCAGUGACUUCUAAGGCAGUACUGUUUAGCACUUUGAUAUUAAAAUCUUGCUCAUGUUUUGCUAAAUUCAAAUAAUAUUUAAGAAGUUUAGUUCUACAGAAGUUUAUAUGCACUGUAUUAAGUCAAAAUUUUGUUGGUCAUUUUGCUAAGGAAAUUUUUGAAUGUCAACCUGAUGUCACUGUAUCUUUUGUUAGCUUUAAACAUUCUAGCUUUUGUCUUUUUUUAAACUAUGCUGUUUAUAUGGAAAUUAAAUUAUACAAUCAAACAGAUGCCAAAUGAAUUGCCUAAUUGCUGCAAAGGAUAACCCAGAUAUCGAGUCACUGUAUGGUUUUCAAAUAGUAAUCUGGUAUUUUAUCACUUACUAUGUUUGGAUGUGCUUUUAUGAAAAAAUUAUUCUUAUAUCAAGAUUUAUAGUAGUGUCAAUAGGGAAACAGACUUCUAAUCACUAUAGUUAAUAUUUCCGGUUUACCUGCAGAUAAUAUUUGGAAAAGUAUUGCUUUUUGUAUUGACUUCUAAGCUUAUGUGCAAACAUAAUAGCAUAAUUAAAUAUCAGAGAAGCUAAUGUUUCUUGUAGGUUGCUGUAACAAGCCUGACCAGCAAGACAAAUAUAUUUUGACUGAAUUUCCUUUUGUAUAUACUAGAUAUAUAUAUAUACAUAUAUAUAUAUAUAUACAUACACACUCACACAUACAAAACCACAUAGACACAGAAUCCAAAAGUCGGUUUACUUUUGUCUCCUUGUGUAAGACACAAGGUCCCUUGAGAAAUGACUUUUACCUAGGGACAGAUCCUGCCAGGUGCUGAGCACCAACCAGCUGAGGGCUUACAGGCACCUCUUGCAAGUGGGCCCUCGCAAAGACUUCAGGCGAAUCAGCAUAGUCCAGUAAAAUUGCUUUUUGGUUGAGCAAGGUUUAUUUAUUAAGUUGGAUGUGAGUGGGAGGUAGCAGGUCCAGAAGAGCCCUGUGUGAGAUUUCAUGUAGCCGGUGUCCUCCAGUCUUCCAUAGAUAGUCUUAACUGUGAUACUCUCCCAAAUCCCAUCAGCUGUGGAAUUGUCCUUCGUGUCCACUUCAGAUUCAUCCUAGAGUACAACCAGUGACAGGUCACAGUGGUAAAAGAAAGAGUUAACUCAGAAUAAAUCUACUACUUUCCUUAGAGCUCUCUCAGUGGGAACAUGCCUUUGUCUAGGCAGAAUUCAGGAAUAUAUCAGGUGUUAAGGGAGAGUGCCUUGCUUUUAUUUCAGACAACAGUGUUUCAAGAGUUUCUUCACUCGCUGACCGCAUUUUUUUUUUUUUUUUUCUUUGUGGUGUUAACCUGUGGGUUGAAAGAAAUGCUCUUGUACAUAUACAAUGUAAAUUAAAAUUAUUAAAUUGAAUAACAUUUUUUUCAGAG